GUCGCGUCGAUCUAUGAUUUUUUGCUUCUUAUUCGUGCAUCUCCUUCCGACAACCGGCCUAUACAUCGCCACUUUAUUGUACGAUUAUUAUUCUUCUUAUCAUUCUUCUCAUAUCCGAUUUCGUCGUAAAAGAAGAGAAUUGUUUGCUCCGAUCUUUGUUAUUUGAAGGGAAUAUACAUUGUUUGGACACAUGGACUGCGAUACACGAGGAAUGAUCGAGACAUCGACGUGAUGCACUUUCGAGAUAACAUACUCCUGGCCGCUGCAGUGCAUGCACAGUGGUUGUUGGAAUAACUUUUCAUCUAUCUAGCCUCCCUGGUGGACAUCAUUCUUUGAUCUUCUGUGGCUAACUCAAUCGAGGACCAUGAAGAGUAGUUCGAGCCUCUACUCGAAAAUACUCGUGUGGGUAUUCUAUCUGUCCGCUAUUCUUCUUCUUCUCCUUCCGUCGAGAACCGCUGCCUUGGAGGAGAAUUGUACGGAUUUCCAAGGAGCGAUCGUUCGACACGGUCUCCUUUAUGUACCAGGACCUGCGGUUUGCAGUCUCUGCGUCUGUUAUCAUUCAGAACCAAUGUGGUGUCAAUCCAUCUUCUGCACACCACCUUACAGAUGCAAGAAGUUUCGGGUCGGCGAACGAUGCUGUGAAUUCGAGUGUCUGGAUGAUAUUGAUACGAAUUGGACAGGGCCUGAUUUGAUUAUUGCAAAUGAUUCCUCCAGAAUUCAAGAACAAGGGAUAUUUUGGCUGAUGGGCUUAAUAAUGCUGUUAAGAGCGUUCUAGUUUUUUAACGAGGAUCCAGAUGGCGUCGUCGAUGGAAUUCGAUCAUUAUGAAAUGUCAACGACAAAUAUGGACCAGUAAAGGAUUAAGGUACGAUAUAAUGUGAUGAUGAAACAUCGCGUUUGUACCUGUUGAUUAUACCUCGAGAAAUAGCGUGUUAUAAUUAUGAAAAUUUCUUGCAAAUUUUUUUUAUUGUUCUUUCAUUAUGGGUUCAUUAUAAAUUAUAAAUCAAAUGGAUUUCAUAUCCGAUAGGCAAGAUUAAAUUAAAUUGGAUUGGGAUUUAACUUGCUUCUUUAUAAUAUUGACUUAUUUCUAUAUAGAUAGACGAUUAUUACUUAAUGUUAUAGUUUUUUUUAAAUAUUAUUAUAUUUCUUUUAAUAAAUUAUUCUUUUAAUCUUA